AUGAUUGCCACGACGGGCAGCUCGGCGAAGGCGGCGGCUGUGGGCGGCAAGGCGGCGCGGGCCUGUGACGGGUGCCUUCGCCGGCGAGCGAGGUGGUACUGCGCGGCGGACGACGCGUUCCUGUGCGAAGGGUGCGACACGUCGGUGCACUCGGCGAACCCGCUCGCGCGGCGGCACGAGCGGCUGCGCCUGCAGCCGGCGUCUGCGCUGCAGACGCCGCCUCGCACGGGGGCGGGGGCGAAUAAUAAGCGCGAGCGUCACGACGAGGUGGUGCCCGCGUGGUUCAGGCGCAAGGCGCGCACCCCGCGCGGCGGGCACGCCAAGAGCGUCGGCGGGCAGGCGUUGUCGCGGCGCCUCGUCGUGCCGCAUGCGGCGGCAGGCGGGGACUCGCCUGACGACGGGCGGAACGGCGAGGGGGAGUUGGAGGUCGUCGAGGAGGAGCAGCUGCUGUACCGCGUGCCCAUCUUUGACCCUGCCCUAGCCGAGUUCUGCUCGCCCUCGCCUCUUGAGGACGCGGCCGCUCUCGCGUCGUCCUGCAACGAAGACGGCGCCGUCGAGGACCCCGCAAAGCCGGCUCCAGCGACACCUGCAGCGGCGCCGGCGGUCCAGUUCUUCCCCGACGGCGGCCAUGCCAACUUCGAGCCCACCGACGCCGAGCUCAGGGAGUUCGCCGCGGACAUGGAAGCCCUCCUCGGGCACGGCCUGGACGACGGCAACGAGGAGGGCUCGUCGUUCUACAUGGAGACGCUGGGCAUCCUGGACCCAGUGGAAGUGGGCAACGACGCCACGCGAGUCAAGUUGGAGACCGACGGCGGCAGUGGUGCCUGCGAAGCCAGUGGCACGCUGGCCUGCGCCCUCGAGCUGCUGGACCCAGAGGCAUCUGACGAGAUGAUGCUGGACAUCGACUUCAACUACGGCUCGCCUCUGGACACGACGACGGACGAGAAGGCCGCGAGCAGCGACACGGGGGCCGCCGACGCCCAGUUCUUGCAGACGAGCCUCUCGCUCACCCUCAACUACGAGGCCAUCAUCCAGAGCUGGGGGAGCUCGCCGUGGACCGGCGGCGGCGAGCGACCACACGUCAAGCUCGACGACAGCUGGCCCCACGACUACACAAACAUGUGGGUUGUGGGAGGAGUGGUCGGCCACGGCGGCGAGGACCUGCUGGGCACGGUGAGGAUGGGGAUGGACGGCGGCCGGGAGGCCCGAGUGUCGCGGUACCGGGAGAAGCGGAGGACGCGGCUCUUCUCCAAGAAGAUCCGGUACGAGGUGCGCAAGCUCAACGCCGAGAAGCGGCCACGGAUGAAGGGCCGCUUCGUCAAGCGUGCCACCGCCGGUGGCAGCCUCGCUUAA